CAAAGCAUGGAGUCUUUAAAAUUUUGCAUCUCUCUUCUUGUCCUUCAAGCUCUCUUCAACAUCUCUCCUACGACUGAGGCAGUUCCAGCAUUCUGCCCUGGGGUUUUCAGAGAAUAUAUUGGAGCUGAGGGCAAGAAUGUCACAUUCUCUGAUGUCCCAAUUAAUCCAAAUGUUGAGUUUCAUUUCCUCCUCUCCUUUUCUAUAGACUACACAAACACAAAAUCACCAGAACCCACUAAUGGUGACUUCCUAGUCUAUUGGGACAUUGACAGGCUCACCCCUUCUCAGAUUUCUUCCAUCAAGGCUCAGUAUAAAAACGUUAAGGUAGGAAUGAGUCUCGGUGGUGAUACAGUGAAUGGUAAAAAUGCCACCUUCACACCUGCUUCAAUUACUUCUUGGGUGAGAAAUGCAAUAUAUUCAAUCACCAAGAUAGUGAAAGAGUAUAACCUGGAUGCAAUAGAUAUAGAUUAUGAACACUUCAAUGCAGAUCCAGAUACAUUUGCCGAGUGCAUUGGGCGACUGUUGUACUAUCUUAAACAAAACAAUGUCGUCUCCUACACAUCAAUAGCACCAUACGCAAAUGAUUCAGUGCAAGCUCACUAUUUAGCACUCUGGAGAAAGUAUGGUCAUCUAAUAGACUUUGUCAACUUCCAAUUUUAUGCCUAUGAAAAGGGCACAACCACUCCUCAGUUCCUACAGUACUUCGAAACUCAGAUGUAUAACUAUAAAGGAGGCAAGAUUCUAGUUAGCUUUGGAACUGACAACAGUGGUGGCUUGUCUCCUAGACAUGGAUUCUUUGAUGCAUGCAGCAUACUGAGGAGUCAGGGAACACUUCAUGGUAUCUUUAUUUGGUCUGCGGACGACUCUAAGAAAGAUAGCUUUAUAUAUGAAAAGCUGUCACAGGACCUCUUAGCAAGUGCAAUUUGAAUAUCUUGCAACCAUUCAAGACAAUUGUAAGCCAUGACAAAAGAGAAAAAUUGGAAUGAAAAAAUGUUACUGUUUCGUGUUUGAAGUAGUCCGCUUAUUGUGGUCUUAUUAUCACAAUCCAGAUGCAAACACGUCCAUAUUUACAAUUUCUAAAGAUGCUAAAAAAAGUAAAAACUUAUUUUUCGUGUUGAUUAAUAUAUUUUAACGUAUUCCAUGGCAGAACAGAUAUAGGACAAAUGCAAGGACAUAUAACAAUAAAAAUAGGACAUGAAAUGCACCCAUGGAAUUAUUGAGGUGCACAAGCUGGCUGGGACACCGCGGUUAUCAAAAACAAAAAAAAAAUAGGAUGUAAAAGCUUAUAGCAGCCCACUUCCCAACUUGUCUAAACAAAAUGCUUAUCCACUAUCCAAGGUCCAUAGUAGAUGAUUCAGAGGGCCUUGUUUCGUGCUUCCAUCAUAGCACCAUUUGUCGAUAAUCAUCAGAAUAUGUUAAACUGUUCGACUUAAGCGACAUCACUCCCUCAUAAUUUGUUACUCCUGGAGGCCAUUCCUACUUUUCCAUUUUGAGUUAUACAUCAUUGGAUUUUCAAGAACUAAAGUUAGUGCUGCCUAGCAGUAAUAGGAAUUAAUUUACAAUCUCUUUUAGUUUUCU